AAGGUCCUGGAGUGGAUUCCGCUUCGACAAGAAUUUCUAGACGAAAUUCUACGCUUCGAAGGCUCCGAGUACUUUAAAAACGGCUCAAGCGCCGUUUGUCAAGCAUGCAAUGUUCCUGGUGCCGAUCUUCGAUGCACACGAUGCGGCACCCGCGCGCUGUACUGUGACGGUUGUGUGGUGAAGCGGCACAGGAACUUGGAAUUGCAUAUUCUUGAGAGAUGGGUCCGAGGGAAGUUCGUCAAGACUGACCUCCGGAGCCUAGGUGCUGUGGUGCAACUCGGUCACGACAGCGCUCCUUGUCCUCGUCCAUCCAGCCAGACCCGAAAUAUGGUCGUCGUCGACCUCGAUAGGAUUCACGAAGUACGAGUCCGAUUCUGUGAAUGUGUCAGUGACGACAACUCCCUCCCUGAGUGGGUACAGAUUUUUCGUCACGGUUGGUUCCCAGCCACCACUUUGAGGCCCGCCACUUCCAUCACGUUUCGCGCACUCGACUUCUUUCAAGAGUUAAACUUUCAGGCAAAAACGACCUUGAACGACUUCGAGCGGACCUUGUGGCGUGUGACCGACAACUCCGGAAGUUGUGCGCGUCCUCUGAUCCGGUACAAGCAGUUCUCUCACUGCAUCCGGUUAUGGCGUCAUCUGGUUGCUCUCAAGCGUGCAGGACGCGCACACGAUCCAGCUGGUGCUGCGGCGACCCAACCCGGUGACCUCGCGGUUGAGUGCCCAGCAUGUCCACAUCCGGGCAUAAACCUUCCUCCAGGAUGGGAGACCGCGGAUGACGGCGUCAGGUGA